GAGGGAAUGUGCGCGCGUAUGUGUGUGUGUGAACUGUGUCUGGUGAAGGAAAAGAUUGCCCAGACAAAUCGGUUGUGUGGAAUCUGACACCUUUUUUCUUUUUAGAGGUUACAGGAACAGACGUGUGUAGCGUAACGGGGUUUGGCUUGCUGCACCAUGUACAGACUCUUCUGAAUGUGCUUUUUGCAUAUUUUGCGUGCAGCGGUUCAGAUGUGCGUCUGUGCAUGCGAGCGUAUGCGUGUGUCAGUGUGCAUUCCAUUUUUAUGCUUUUGAUUAUUAGGCCUCCUUCUUUCCACAUGGUCCCAUGGGGUACGUGUGAAUAAAUGCAUUCCGUGUGUUUCUCUGCACGCUCGCGCUUUCAUAUUUAUCUCACGGCCGGAUAUUUGCAUGAAAUGUUUGCUUCUAUGGGGGCUGCUCUCUCACGUCAAUACAUUGCGUCUUGUUUUGUCUGAUAUCUUUGUGCAUGUAAGUAUAUGAGAACUUAUUGUGUGCGCGCGCGUUUGAUUUAGACAAUGAUUUAGCCUGCAUAACGUCAUACUCAGAAUUCAUAAUUUCAUUCUGCGGCAGGCGUAUCACUGCACUUUAACUGCCUUUAUGUAAAACACAGACUCGGCAGCACACACACACACUCUCAGUGAAUUCUGCAUUUGCUUAUUCUCACACGUGAGACGUGUGUACGUUGCUAGCCGCUGCGUCGAGUACCGUGUUUAUUGAAACAAGUUCGGCGGACUGUAUGGUGAACCGUACGCCACUGACCCGUUAUGCAAACUCCAAGGCGUGUUGGCUGGAGAUCAGCAUCGCCGUAAACGUCAAUCAUUUCAUUCACAAUGGGACUGAAGAUCAGUGUACCAGCGUCUCCUGCCUCCCCAGCAGCCCCUGUGUUGAACUACACAGAGCUCGUGGAAUAUUAAGUGAUUCUUUAUCAAAUAUUAAAAGGGAAGUGAAAGCAGCUGCUCGUUUUAGAGGGGACUGAAGACUGAAGGCAGAUUGCCUGGUGAGACGCAUAACCAAGAUGUUGAUUUGGACCUGGAACUGUUCGGAUGAAAGGCCAGAAAGUUCAUCAAACUGCUUAUCUCAGGCUAUCCAAAACGGAGUGUCUGAGGUUAUGGAGGAGGAAAGGAACUUGAAGAAACGAAAAAGCGAUCAACAAGGCAACCAGGGCUCUGAGACUGGUCAGGAGGUGGUGGAGAAGGUCAAAAAGCGACGGGGUCGACCUCCUGCUGAGAAGCUGCCACCCAACCCUCCCAAGCUCACAAAACAGAUGAACACCAUCGUAGACAUGGUCAUCAACUACAAGGACACGUUGGGCCGACAGAUCAGUAAAGGUUUCGUUCAGCUGCCCUCAAGAAAAGAGGUGCCAGAGUACUAUGAGCUUAUCCGCAAGCCAGUCGACUUCAGGAGGAUCAGGGAGAGAGUGCGUAAUCACAAAUACAGGUGCAUUGCAGACCUGGAAAAGGAUAUUAUGCAAAUGUGCCAUAAUGCUCAGACGUUUAAUCUGGAAGGAUCUCAGAUUUUUGAGGACUCCAUUGUUUUGAAGUCCGUUUUCGAGAGUGCAAGGCAGCGAAUAGUGGAACUCAGCGAGGAAGACAAUGAUGCUGUUGGAAGCAGUGAAGCAGAUGGUGGCCGUCUUUUAAAUCUAAAGCGUACAACGAAUCCCAAGAUGGAUGAAAAACAUGAGAAAAAUAAAACCAGUCCUAUUAAUUCCAGCCCAAAGGAGGUCACAAACAGUGAUGAAGAUAUUGGAAAAGAAUGUGAGACUUACACAAGAGGACUAUUAAAUUAGACCCCAAAUGACAGCUUCAUACAGUAUAACGAGCAUUGUAACAUGGUAUGGCUAUUUCAGUCCAAUUUCCUCGAUAUUUCCGUCAAGGAUUUGCUCAGAAUGUGAUCUCUCAUUAUAAUGGUUCCUUAAAACACCUUUGUAAACGUUUGUAUUCUAAAAAUGACAUUGUUAAUGCAGUUUCUCUGCAUUAAUACAUCUGAAAUUGGCAUUGUUUUCAUGUAUUUAUAAAGUGUAAAUAAGUCAUAAAACCAAAAUUGAUAAUAUCAUGGUGAAAUAAGUUCAGACUACCUGAAAACCUUCACUCUUUUUUCCGCAAGGAUGGAAAAAUUAUAGUAUAACAUAUGAUAUUGUAUGAUCAUUUAAAUGGAUGCAUUCAAUUUUCAAGAUGGUUUAAGCUGUGCUGAAUUUUGCAAGCUAUUAUGUCUCUGUUUCAGAGAAUUUUUAAUCUGUGGUUUUUGUGACUAUGAGCACUUGGUCAUUCCCUCUUUGUACGUUUCCCUUUCCUUCAUUAACUGUCAACAUCUUUAAAAAAAUGUAAAUUUUUAUCUAGCAGCUCUUUAUCUUUCUUUAGUUAUCACAGGAUCUUAACUAUCUGUACAUAGAGGAGCUUGGGCAUGAUGGCAAUGUAUGCUUUGGUGACAGAUCAGAUACUGCCCUCAAAGAGAGGCACCUAAUUGAUGAUGCUGUCACGUUUGUGUGUUCAGUUUAUGAUGAAUGGGAGAUGUGGUGUGUUUGUGGACAGAUUUUGGAAUGAAAAUUUAUGUGGUUUAUAUGAUGUGAAAGGGCAAGAAGGUUUGAGACAUCAUCUUACAAAAAUAAACAUUUUUAUGAAAUUGCAGGA